CCGGCUUUGCGGCGAGGCGUGGAUUGACAUAGUGUGGCGGCGAUGUAAUGUCUCGGGUGGGUCUGGGAUGGAACGUUGUGCUGGGCACGGCGAUGUCUUAGUGUUCCAAUUUAGAACGGCAUGUCUGCAGCUCCCGCGUUACCGUCGCAGAUCCGGGCCUGCGUUGGCCUCGUUACACAGACUGCCUUGUUUAUUUCAGAUGUAUGAUACAUCAGACUCCUUCAUCCGUAUAAUUCUACCCCGUAUAAUUCAUUGUGUCUCUACCACCAUCUCCCGCCGGAAUAGGAUCAAAAAGUGGAUUUUUUUUUCUUAGCGUGAGGCUGUGCACGUGUAAACGACACGAAAAGCAGUUGGAAUGUAGCGUGGAGGCGCCAGAGACUGUCCAAAGGACUCUAGACAGAGAGCCCACACUCUUAUUUGGGCUUGUUCGACGCUCGAACUACCACGUGGUCACGAUGCUCAUAACUCGGACUUGAAGAAGAGUAAAUGUGUUCUUGCUUUGUUGGGCUGCUGCUCAUUGGGAAUCCUAUCAUCAAUUCUCUGUUGGCAUCCUAAUUUUACGUGCACGUCGCCUUUCAUUCCAACUUCCAUAUUUGAUGCGAACACUGAUAUAUGUUUCAGUGGCGCUGCGAUGUGUAAAAAAUUUCGUGCAGAAAAACAGCUCCUCAGUAUAUCACGCCUAGUGUUGGGUGUCUGAUCGAGGGAGCGAGAAGCUCUUUUCAGCGCAAAGAAACCGCCCCGAUAGACUACGGAAGAAGGACAUUCACCACUAACUGGAGUCUAUCAGCUGGUUUUGAAAUAUGGAAGCGGCGAAUGGUACAGCACGGGAGGAGGACGUUCGGCCUGUCAAGUCCCGACUGGCUGUUCCCAAGACGUGUCUUCAUCUGAAAUAUAUUCUGAUAUUGUGGGAGUGAGUUGAUCCAUUAUAUUGUGACAACAUGGAGGUUGAUUCAAAGAAUUCCGCUACUGAAACUGUGAGACUUAAGAAGGAUAUUUCUUUGCUACAUGGAGUUUGCCUGAUCGUGGGAAAUAUGAUUGGAUCUGGCAUUUUUGUAUCUCCCAAAGGAGUCCUGUUAUUCACUGGUUCAUAUGGCCUUUCGUUGAUUAUCUGGGCAGUGGGAGGAAUCUUCUCUGUGAUUGGAGCACUGUGCUAUGCAGAACUUGGAACAACAAUAAAGAAAUCUGGGGCAAGCUAUUCCUAUAUAUUGGAGUCGUUUGGAGGUUUCCUAGCAUUUCUGCGUCUCUGGACAUCUCUGCUGAUCGUUGAACCAGCGUGCCAAGCAGUUAUCGCCAUCACUUUUGCCAAUUACCUCAUCCAGCCAUUCUUUCCUUCCUGCGAACCACCUUAUUCUGCCGUGCGAUUGUUGGCUGCCUUCUGUAUAGGCCUGCUGACAAUGGUGAACUGUGGCAAGGUGACGUGGGGAGCUUCUCUACAGGUGGUGUCCACUUUUGCUAAGGUGAUUGCCUUGAUCAUCAUCAUCGUGGCUGGGCUGGUGAAGCUGUGUCAAGGACAAACGGAAAAGUUCCAGAAUUCCUUUGUGGGCUCCAAGCUAAACGGUGGAGAUAUGGCGCUCGCUCUGUAUUCAGCAUUAUAUUCCUACUCGGGUUGGGACACACUUAACUUUGUGACUGAAGAGAUCCAUAACCCUGAAAGGAACCUGCCCUUGGCUAUUGCUAUUUCAAUGCCUCUUGUAACGAUUAUCUACCUCCUGACAAACGUGGCUUACUACACUGUCCUGGACAUGCCCACCAUCCUCCACAGUGAUGCUGUGGCUGUGACUUUUGCAGAGAGUGUUCUGGGUUAUGUGAAGUGGCUCAUACCAUUGUCGGUGGCAAUAUCCUGUUAUGGUGGUCUUAACUCAUCAAUCAUUGCAGCGUCCAGGCUUUACUUUGUUGCUUCAAGGGAAGGUCACCUCCCCAGUUUUCUGUGCAUGAUCCAUGUUUUUAGAUGCACCCCGAUCCCAGCCUUGUGCUUUAAUGGAGGGAUGGCUUUAAUCUUUCUCUGCAUUGAAGAUAUUUACACACUCAUUAAUUACUUCAGCUUUAACUACUGGCUCUUUAUUGGCCUAUCUGUUGCCAGCCAGAUUUACCUGAGAUGGAAAUUCCCAGAUCUACCAAGACCGGUGAAGCUCAGCUUGAUUUUCCCAAUUAUCUACUGCAUGUGCAGCUUGUUUCUGGUGAUUACUCCUCUCUACAGUGACACCAUGAACUCGCUUGUUGGGAUUGUGGUAGCGCUCUCUGGAGCUCCUGUCUACUUUCUCUGUGUUUACCUCCCACCUGAAAAGCAACCCAAGUGCCUUGAAAAGCUUUUGCGUAUCCUUUCUUUGUACACUCAGAAGUUGGCACUGUGCUGUCUAACAGAUAAUGAAUUUCAAGAGAAAGAAGUUUAACUGGAAUCAAUCAAAGAACCGUUCCAGAAAUGUGGCACCAGAAGUUGUUUGCACAGAUACCUAUCUCUCAUGCUGUUUAAAACUUUGAAUCCUGCCCUCUUGACUAUCAAAAUGCAGGAACCUCCACUAUUUCCAAGAAAUGGACUAUUUCUCUUGUAGUAAAGCAGUUUUUAUCAAAGAAUACAUUCUUUUCCCACCUCUUUUUAUUCAAGGAAAGUAAUAGGCUCAUCAUAAAUGUUGGUGUUUAUGUUUUUCAUUACCCAUUUUUAUUCUGUGAUGGAGACAGUUAAUUUUGGUCACUCUCUGCUGAGCCAUUGUGAUUUAUGUCACAGGAGAUGUCCUGGAGUGUUUUUUUAAAUUUAUUACUCUCUUGUGAUGUGGCUGUUGCCAGCAAGGCCAACAUUUAUUGCCCAAAGCCUUAAUUGCCUUUGAGAAGGUGGUGAUGGGCCCUCUCCUUGAACUGCUGCAGUCCUUCUGGUGAAAGUGCUCCCAACAGUGCUGUCAAGGUGGGAGUACUAGGAUUUAGACCCAGAAAUGAUGAAGGACCAGUGAUAUAUUUCCAAAUCAAGAUGAGCAAGACUUGGAGGUGAACCUGUAGUUUCUACAGCAGAUAAUGUGGGUCUACCCACUGCCAGAAUAUAGAUUCCAUGGACUACAACAUGAUCUAUUGUCAGGAAACUCAGGAUUAACCCCUCCACCAUUUUAAAGAUCCACUCCUUGUUGUUUAACAUAGAGCUCCUCCAGUUUGUUUUGGGACAACUCCCAUUAAUCAUGCCAUUGCUGUGGUCUAGUUCAAGGGUUCCUAUGGCAAUGUGGGAAUUGACAUGUUUUUUAAAAAAAAGUUCUUUGGUUUAUAGAGGAAACUCUUGGCAACCAGUUUUCCUUCCUUGUUUAAAAUGCAGAUUUUUCUCAUGCUUAAAAUCAAUGCAGAGUGGCUCUUCCAAGGUGCUGACACUGCACGGAUCUCAUAGCAUUCUCCUGAAAUCUUUGUUGAUGUAAUCACCUCUGUUAGAAGGUGCUAGAGAUAGAUAAUUUGUGAAAUAGCAGAAAAGAUUUGGUCAGUAUUUUAGCUUUAGAGAGUGGGCAAAUUCCGGAGAACCAAAUGUGCAUAAAUAUUAUGUGACCAGUGUGUUUUAAUGCAUUCCAAUAAAAAGAGGGAUUGUGUUUUUUUAUAUAACUAAAGUAAUAGAAAAGAAAAAAACUGUAAAAUGAGAAAAGAUCUGAAGGGUGGAAUUUGUAAGCAAAAUUAAAUGUUUUUAGAUUCUGCCACACAAAAGGUUUGACUCUUGUUUUUACCCUUGACAUGCAAAUGUAGACUUGCCAACAGUGUUCACUGGAAUUAAUGAGGAUAAGGAACUUCUGUUUCUUUUUUCUUGGUUGUGUGGACUGACUCACUGGCAAUGAUUGGUUAAUUAUGCAGAGUUACUGAAGUUGAAUUGAAAAACGUAAUUUGUAUAGAACUAUCCUUCGCUCACUGCAUUCUGUUGCUAUUACCUGGCUUUUCUUGGGGAAAAUUGCUAAAGCUUCUUUGAUUAAAUUCUGUUUCCCCCACUCUUUAAAUGGAAUGUUUUCUGAGUAAAUUACCUUUAUUUGCAGUGCAACUGCUAGUUGCUGUGAGCCCAGACUCAUUCCCUGCUACACCCCAGCUCAUUAGUUGAUGCAGUUCUGUCAAUAAAGACUUUUUUUGGCUCCGUCCCGUUGACAGUAGCAGGAUGACAAGGGUCUGCUGAUUUAGUACUGUGACUGUACCUAUUUAUUGUCAGAUUAUAAACAAUAUACAAAAACUAUUUGUGACAUCCAGCUUCACAUAUGAUGGGCCCUGUAUUUAUGUCCUUUGCUUUUAAUCAAAUGUCCUUUGCUUAAUCAGAAUCAGAUUUAUUUGUUAUCACUGACAUAUGACAUGACAUUUGUUGUUUUGCAGCAGCAGUACAGUGUAAGACAUAAAAAUCUAUAAAUGACAAAAAGAAAUAGUGCAAGAAAAGGAAAAAUGAGGUAGUGUUCAGGGGUUCAUGGAUCAUUCAGAAUUCUGAUGGCGGAGGGGAAGAAGCUGUUCCUGAAUCGUUGAGUUUGGGUCUUCAGGCUCCUGUAGUAAUGAGAAGAGGGCAUGUCCUGGAUGGUGAGGGUCCUUAAUGAUGCAUGCCACCUUCUUAGGCACUGCUUCUUGAAGAUGUCCUCGAUAGUGAGGAGGGUUGUGACUGUGAUGGAGCUGGCUAAGUCUACAACCCUCUGCAGCCUCUUGUGAUCCUGUGCAUUGGAGGCUCCAUACCAGGCUGCGAUGCAGCUAGUUGGAAUGCUGUCCACCGUACAUCUAUAGAAAUUUGCAAGAGUCUUUGGUGACAUAUCAAAUCUCCUCAAACUCCUAAUGAAGUAGAGCUGCUGGCGUGCCUUCUUUGUGAUUGCAUCAAUGUGUUGGGCCCAUCCUCUGAGAUGUUGAUGCCCAGGAACUUGAAGCUGCUCACCCUUUCCACCACUGACCCCUCAGUGAGGACUAGUGUGUGUGUUCUCCUGACUUCCUCCUGAAGUCCAGAGUCAGGUCAAUGGUCUUGCUGACGUUGAGUGCGGGGUUGUAGUUGCAACACCACUUAACCAGCCGAUCUAUCUCACUCCUGUAGGCCUCCUCAUUGCCAUCUGAGAUUCUACCAAUAACAGUGAUGUCAUCAGUGAACUUAGAUGGUGUUUGAUCUGUGCUGAACCACACAGUCAUGAGUAUAGAGAGAGUAGAGCAGUGGGCUAAGUACACAUCCUUCAGGUGCACCUGUGUUGAUUGUCAGUGAGGAGGAGAUGUUAUUGCCGAUCCACAUUACAUUUGCAUUUGGGUUUUUUAGACUCCCAAAAACUUUAUAAUGGAAAACAAAUCAAAUGGACUAUAUCGACUUAGUUCAGUGUUUUCCACUGACCUGUUGAGGUUUAUUAAUUCUGAUUAAUUCACCUUGAUUCUGAUUUAUUCAGAAUCAAGGUGAGCAUUUUAAAUAAUUCCUUGAGGACGUUGUUGAUAUAAUUCUCCUUUGUAGUCUAAGCUGUUUACAGAUUUGUACAUCUCCUGUAACCUACACGCUACAGAGAUGAGAAGUGUUACUCAGUAUGAAUUCUUAUUCACGGGGAGCUAUGCAAAGAAGUCUUUGGACCAAAUAGGCUGUUGAUUUGCUGUCUGUUGAGGUCUCAAAUGUACAGCUCAAGUACAGUGGAGAAAUAGCUAUUAUCUAUUUCAUUAUUGAGAUACUGCUGUGAUACACCAUGUGUCUCCCCACUCCCCCCAGUCAUUCCACUCUCACCAUUACUCUCUGCACUACUUCUGUUUAGGAGUGGUAAUGAUAGAAGUUGGUUUUGCUAGCCUAAUGACAAGGACCACCAAUUGGUUUGGAUAUUGCACUUGUCUCGUGGUUACUGUUGGAUUCGACUGUUUUAAAUAGUUUUUUUAACAUGUAUAGUGUUUAAUACACCUCAAGUGGCUGUACAAGGAAUGGCCGCUUCUCCGCUUAUUGGUUCGUCCAUCAGGUGAAUGUGUUUUCUCAUUGGUUGGUUUUGCCACAGGUAUCUCAUAGGUUUUCUGAUUGGACUAUUGUUAGCUAAGGAGUACCUCUUAGAUAUAAAAGGUGUCGUUUUUUGUUAAUCACUCUUUCUUAUCUUGCUCUCUUGCCUCUCUCUCGUUCCUCUGUCUCUCUUGCUUAUCUUGCUCUUGCCUCUAUCUCUCUCCCUUGCUCUCUUCCCCCUCCCACUAGCUCAUUUUUAGUUCCUUUGUCUCGGCUCGUCUCCUAGAAGUAAAGCUAGUGCCAUGCGCUCUGUGACUGCUUCUUUGUUUUAAACUUUUCUAAUAAAACUUCGUGAAGCACCAAGUUGUUUUCAACUCAUUCUUGGACUCCUGGAAAGAACCUGCUCCUGAAAAUAACCGGGUCUGACAAUGCCCCCUUGGUUAAAUCAAAUUUUUGUUUUCACAGAUUCAAUUUCAAUUGAUCCACAGAGCUCUAAAGGGGGUUUUGAUUCACCUGUCCCAUCCUUACCAAUAAUGUAUGGAAGAUGGGGAGCAUUCAGUAUGAUUUCAGUGGGCCUCUGCCCAAUUAGGUUAUCUCUCAGCUGAUGUCUUAGCGGCGCACAUACUGACACACUAGACUCGGAAAUUGAGUGGAACUGUUGUUCAUAAUCUGACUUGUAACAUACAGCAGAAAUUCCUAACCUGUUUGUAGGUAACCUUUCAAACAUGUAUGGUCUCUCCUGUGUUCUAUUUUGUCUUAAUGUAUAAGAAAUCUAAAGUGUAAAUCAAUUGCAGUUUGUAUUUAUAAGGGAUUCGCUUUUCGAACCCUGGUUUUGAGUACAGGAAACUGAGAUGCAGUUAUCAUUGGCUGUUAAUUGUUUUUAUCAUUUGCUAUAAAUUUUUAUCUUAGUGAUGUCUUAUCAGUUUACAGAUGGUUAUUAUAAAAUGUUUUUGAUAAAUUUAGUGCACAGAUCACCUUUUAUAGAUGUACAAAUUAUAGAAUGAUUCAGUUCUGUUGUGUGUAGAGUAUAGAAAUACUACAAAUAUUCCUAAAGAAGUUGGGUAUAGUCUUAAAUGUUCUCAUUACAUCUUAACUUUUUUUUGCUCUGAUGUUUUAUAUGUCCUAUCAGAAGUGUGAAUUUGGAAUAUCUUUUUACCUUUCCUCAAGAAUUUUUGGUAUUAUUGCAAUCUCAAAAUAGUGAUUACAAGGCAAUGGGCUCAGAAUAGUUUAUAUUAUUAACUGCUGUUGGAACGAUGUUGAUUGCAAACUGACGAAUUGUCCACUGAAUUACCCAAAUAUAUUACAAAGUUUAUUAUAUGAUGUUUUGAUGUUCCAUACUUAGU